AGCGGCCGCGCGGGGGUCCCGGAGCUGCGGGGUGGGCGGGGGCGGGGGCUCGCAGCGCUGACCCGGCCGGGCGGCCACGUGCGGGAAUUGUCCGCCGGCUCCUGCUGGCCGCGGGGACACCCCGGCGCCCGCUUCCGCUCCCGCUGCUCGCAGGGCCGCUCCCCUUCACCUUUUCUUCAUUUUGUUUCUGGUUUUUUUUUUUUUUUUUUUUUUUUUGAGGCCUCGGGGAUCCGCUGCACGUCGGACCUUGACCUGCGGCCUGGGAAGAGGCGGGCGAGAUCCACUGGCCGGGCUCUGACCGCCUGACCGCCUUCCUGGGCGCCGGAGUCCGGGCCCCACGCCAGGACUCUCCCUUCUGUGGCUUCUGCAGCUCUGGCCAUCGUGCGAGGGCAGGAGGAAAGUGGCUGCUGUUUUUUCCGUCAAAGUGAGAAACGGUGAGCUCUGCUCCACUCCAGCCCUUUGCGGGCCUCCCGGUGACGUGGGAGAACAAGCGCCAAACCCUACAGCAUGCAGCCCCAGGAGAGCGGCGUCCAGUACAGCAGGUGGGAUGACCGCAGCCGGGACGAGGUCCACGUGGCGGCUGGGUCCAGCGCAGAGGCGGCCUGGAGCUGGGAGCGGAUCUCCCGGAAGCUGUGCUCGGGCAAGCUGGGCAUUGCCAUGAAGGUGCUGGGCGGAGUGGCCAUCUUCUGGGCCAUCUUCAUCCUCGGCUAUCUCACUGGUUACUACGUGCACAAGUGCAAAUGAGGCCGUCCAACGCGGACGCUCGGGGCCGGCUGCCUGUGCGCGGGGACGUGGGCUUGGAUGGACCCCUGUAUACCAGCACCACCAUGUGUACACAGAACCCCAUAUAUACAGUCCUCGCGUAUUGAAGACUCUUUUCUCUGGACAGACGUUUCCCCCCCACCCCCGCCCGUGCUGUGGUCACUGGCCAGCACAUGGGAACACAGGUGCACAUGCCUGGCAGCACGUAGCUAGGCUGGGACACACGUGGCUGGGAGAGGGGCCGGCUGGAGCUGGGACUGUAGGACACGCCCCCAUGGCCCCUGCAGGGAGAGGUCCUCCCUGGGCGGGCUUCGCCCACCCUCCCAGGGCCAGAGAACCCAUCCUGGAAGUUGGUCUUGAGGGGGUGGGGGUGGGGAGUGGGAGGGGUGGAGUCUCUGCCCUUGUCUGGGGCUCACCGCCCAGUCUUCCCUGCUGUGAAUGGGGGUGUCCCCCUUGAGGGAGCGGAUCCAGUGGGAAGGCACUUCCCCGCCAGGCCCUGUGGGAGCCCAUGUGCUGAGGCAGCCAUUAAAAGUCUGUUGAAUGAA